AGAAUAUACAAAAUGCUUCGUCUGCUGGCACGGCGUAGGUGUUUUUAUUGGUGAGCAAAUCUUUGUUGGCAUCAUUCAUCAGCACACCUGGUCGUAGAGGAAUGUAGGCGGGGCGGUCGAUUUCCUGCAUUGUGCGGUUUACCUGCACAGUAACCAUUCCUAUCAUAUCAGGCGCCAGCUGGAGGAUUUGGUUUACUUUGAAUAUAAGCCCUUGUGGAUGUUUGAUCCGCCGGACACAACCGUAAUGUCGUAGAUAAAUCUCUUAGUGAAGGUUAUUGUAUGUUUUGUGUGACUUGCAGAAGGGAAAAGAACAAAGUGUGGGAGCUGUGGUCAGGGGUUGGAUGGGCCGACCUCCCCAGAUACAGAGCCUAUCAUAACAGAUCCUAGGCCCAAGGACCUUAGUGCUGUGUCACAUAUGGAUGUUCAGGGAUACAGAUGGGUAUGCUGGAAGGUGUGGCUGUGCCGCAUUGUGGCUGUAUGUACUUUAGGCCUGCUGCUAGUGCUCUUCAACUGGCGCCCUCGCCUUGGCAUCCUGGCCCGUUGUACCGCCUGUCCCAUUCCAAUGGCAGAUGUUCUGCUAUUAAAGGACAGAUAUGGACAACAGUUUGUUAUAGAUGUGCUUACAGAAGAGGUUGAGGAAGGCAGUUUGGAGUUUGUGGUAGGAGAUGCAGAUGAAAAUGAAUGUAGGGACACUGUGCAGCUACACACAGAAAAGAAAACAUUGCUUAGAUACUAUAUGUUUGAGGGCAUGCGUUACAUAUGGAUGGCCAAGAAAGGAGCUUUCUGCAAAGCAAGUAUUCUCAAUGAAGGCUGGACCUGUUCUGACCUGCAUGGCCGACAGCAAGGACUGAGUCGAGCAGACCAAAGUGCAAGAAAGCAGAUCUUUGGGGCCAAUAUUAUUGACGUACCUGUGAAGUCAUACUUGCAACUUCUCUUUGAGGAGGUCCUCAAUCCAUUCUACGUGUUUCAGGUGUUUAGCAUCAUCCUGUGGAUGUCAGACAACUACUAUUAUUAUGCUGCUUGUAUCUUCAUCAUAUCCUUAAUUUCUAUUGCUGUGUCCCUCUAUGAGAUUCGUAAGCAAAGCACAACUCUCCGCCGAAUGGCCCGCUUGGUAGUGAAUGUUACUGUGCGCAGAGAUACUGGAGAGGAGGAGUUUGUGAGCUCUGAGGAGUUGGUUCCAGGGGAUUGUAUUGUAAUUCCAGCUGAGGGUUUGCUCCUGCCCUGUGAUGCUGCCCUGCUGGCAGGGGAGUGCAUGGUGAAUGAAAGCAUGCUGACUGGUGAGAGUAUACCUGUGAUGAAGACUCCAUUGCCGGUUUCUGGGGCCACAUACAGUCCAGAGCCUCAACGCAGACACACGUUGUUUUGUGGCACAAAUCUUAUCCAGGCUAAAGGAGGCGGCUCUAAUGGGAAAAGGGCCAUUGCUGUUGUAACAUGCACAGGAUUUUUCACAGCCAAAGGGGAUCUUAUUAGCUCUAUCCUUUACCCUCAACCAUUAGACUUCCGCUUCUACAGGGAUGCAAUGAAGUUCCUACUUUUCCUAGGAGUUCUAGCACUGGUCGGCACUAUUUAUAGCCUUGUCAUACUUUCAAUGAGCAAGACAACCUGGAACGAACUAAUCAUUAGAUCUCUGGACAUUGUGACAAUAAUAGUUCCACCGGCUCUUCCUGCUGCUAUAACUACAGCUGCUAUCUAUGCACAGAAUCGCCUGAAGCGAUGUGGGGUGUUCUGCAUUAGCCCUCCUCGCAUUAACAUCUGUGGCAAGAUAUCACUUUUCUGUUUUGACAAGACAGGCACUCUUACAGAAGAGGGUCUGGAUGUGUGGGGUGUGAUGGAAGCUAGUGGAACAGGAUUUGGCGAGCUGGUCCCUGACCCUCGUCUUCUCCCUCCUGGGCUGAUGCUCUCUGCACUUGCUUCCUGUCAUUCUGUGGCUUUGCUAGCUGAUCAACCACUUGGAGACCCACUAGAGCUCAAAAUGAUUGAGUCCACUGGCUGGACACUGACUGAGCCUGCAAAUGAUAUGGGACUUGAUCUGGAGUUUGGAAGACACAGAGUACUAGCUGAGAUGAGGCCUCCUGCAUCUGAACUCCACUCUGAGGGAACUUCUGUCAUUCAGCCAGUGGCAAUAUUGCGGCGGUUUCCUUUUUCCUCUUCACUGCAAAGGAUGAGUGUGGUGACUGUAGGACCAGGAGGAGGUUCACCUGUCGCAUUUCUUAAAGGAGCACCUGAGAUGGUGGCCAGCUUCUGCCUUAGAGAAAGUGUGCCUACUCAUUUUUCACCCACUCUCCGGGAGUAUGCAAGCCAGGGCUUCAGGGUCCUAGGAUUUGCCUACAAGCAACUUGAUAAGGAGACUGACCUAAGCACUGUUGAAAGGGUGGAUGUGGAGAAAGACAUGAACUUUCUGGGUCUGUUAGUCAUGAAAAAUCAGGUGAAGCCAGAGAGUGCUGGAGUAAUUCAUACCCUUAAAUUGGCAAACCUUCGGCCUGUAAUGGUUACAGGUGACAACAUCCUCACAGCUGUGAACGUAGCACGAGCAUGUGGAAUGGUUUUGUCACAUGAGCGGGUUAUUUUCGUUCAUGCGUCGCCCCCUACUGCCAGUUCAAUGGCCUCACUGCAGUUUCAUCAAGAAGAUGGUGCAGUAGCCAUCAUUAAUACUCAGGAAACGAUGGAUGUGCUAGCACAGGGCCUCUAUCAGAGUGGUGCUGGCUAUCAUUUAGCUAUAAAUGGAAUGUCCUUUGCAGCACUUUGUGAUCAUUUCCCUGAAUAUCUUCCAAAGAUUCUGAUGAGAGGUACGGUGUAUGCCCGUAUGACCCCAGACCAGAAGACCCAGCUGGUAAAAGCACUGCAGAAACUGAAUUACAGAGUGGGCAUGUGUGGGGAUGGAGCCAAUGACUGUGGUGCCUUGAGGGCCGCAGAUGUUGGUGUGUCAUUAUCUGAAGCAGAGGCCUCUGUGGCUUCUCCUUUCACAUCCAAGUCUGACAACAUUAGCUGUGUGCCUUUACUUAUAAAGGAAGGCAGGUGUUCACUGGUGACAUCAUUCAGUCUUUUCAAGUACAUGGCCUUGUACAGUCUGAUUCAGUUUGCCUCUGUACUUAUUCUCUACACUGAGAAAACAAACUUGGGUGACUUGCAAUUCCUCUUCUUUGACUUGAUCUUGGUGACGGUUUUGGCUAUAGUGAUGGGAAGAGGAGGACCCAGCGAUAGGCUCCAUCCACAGCGACCAGCUGCCAGCCUUUUGUCUCUGCCAGUUCUUGCUAGUUUAUUGGUACACACUGUACUACUGAUCCUAGCUCAGGUGUCUGUCUUGCUUAUCACUGUGUCACAAGACUGGUAUGUUCCCCUAAACUCCACUAAAACGGGGGCUGCAAACCUUCCCAACAUGGAGGACACAAGCGUGUUUGCCUUAUCAGGGUUCCAGUAUAUCAUCAUGUCUGUUGUGAUAACUAAAGGAUAUCCUUACAAAAAACCACUAUAUUAUAAUGUUUUGUUCGUAGUCACACUAUUGGUCUUCUUUGGAAUUAUGAUCUGGCUGGUGCUUUUUCCUCAUACCAUCAUCCAUAAACUGCUGCAGCUCUAUGACAUUACCGAUAUGAGCUAUAAACUUCUACUGGUGGCUGUAGCUGCACUUAACCUCUUCAUAUGUUACUUGCUGGAGAUUCUUAUUGACCGAGGUGCCCUAAACUGCCUUCGCAAUUUCCAAGGGAAACGCGAGUCCAAGAAGCAGUACAAACGUCUGGACACCUUGUUAGCAGAAACACCCUCAUGGCCACCACUGAACCAGCCCUUGUUCCCACCACAGUGCUCCAUCAUUGGUGUUAGCUAACACCUGUCUCCUGCUUUAGCAUUCAAGUCCAGCUCUCCCUCUGCACAUAUCCAAGGAUGCCAAAACUCUGUUACAGCCUCUCAAUGCACUAGUGAGGUAUGCGUAUCAGACGCUAUCCUUUUCUGCCUAUUAUAUAUGGCACAUGACUUUUUUAUCAUGCAGCAACAGGAGUAAACUAAAAAUCACUGUUGAUGAUGAUGUUUCUAAUACAAAAUAUAAAUAAAGCAUAAAAACGUUUUAAAUGUUUUGAAAGGGUGUGCUGAAUGAUUUCAAUUUAGGGACCAAACUGAUGUGGAGUGAAAACUGAGACGAGUGAUCUGAAGAUAUUUUUUAACCAAUACUGGUGAAUUAGAAAUGUGUACAUGCAAAUUACCAGUUUAUACUAAAUAAAGGGCAUAUUGCCAUGAUGCACUUGCUUCUGUUUUAAACAUGAAAACUACAAAUGGAGCAGAAGAGCCAAAAAACAGUUUGGUCAUGAUCCAAAAUGUCACAUUUCUGAUUUAUGUAAAUCUGCUAAACCAGAACAUUACAAGUUCUCCAGAUGUAUUUUGCUUUCUUUUGACUCAUAGUUAAAGAAUAAUUAUCAUUUUACUGCUCAAGUCAUCUGAAACCUGUAUAAUUGCUUUUUAGUUUAGAAGAAUGCAAGCUGCUGUUUUACGUGUAUAGAUAGUGCUCCAAAAAGGCAAAAGUGCCAUAAAAGUAUCCGUAAUUUGAUUUCAUCAUAUUUGUGAAUAUUGGGGAUCUGUGGUGUAUACAAUGCUUAAUUAACUUACUGUAUGUGAAUUUGGGCAGUCACCCCCCUUUCUAAAGAAACAGAUCUACAUGAAUCAUGUCACACAUUCUGGAUUCUGAUAGAUGACUAGUCUGCAUAAUGUGUCUAUAAGCAGUUACCAGUUCAUACCAGUUGAGGUAUGGCUGAGAGAUGGCUCAGAUAUAUUUGUGGAUCAAAAGAUUAGACCUGAGAACUUGAGUUCAACAUGAACUUACUGAUACUACAAUACUGAUAGAAACUAAGCUCUUUUAAUUUGAGGAGCUUCUAGCACUGCUGUUACCACUAAAAGGUGAGCAAGUUGCCCCAGUCAUCUUUGUUUAUUAUAAGAGAAAUUAGUGCUAUAUUCAUACCAGUGUUUCCUUCAGAAUUCAGCUCUUGAAGCAGGGGGAAAUGCUCUGCAAACAAAUGAAAUCCUGAGAGAACCUUGCUUGUACAAUAUGUAUAUUAAAGAGAGAUUGAUAAUAUUUUAAUUAUAUUAUGUCUAUUAUUAAUAUUAUAGUAUUAAUAUAUCAUUAUUGUUUAUGUAUAUUACAAAAUUUAUUAAAACUGCUCUAGGGAGAUGAAAUGUAGCUGUUUAAGUGUUUCUUUUUCACCCUGAAGCUGAGCAGGUCUGGUUGCACACAAGGCAAUUAUUAUUAUUAUUAUUAUUUAAUUGGGGGUUAAUAUCCUUUUUGACAAUGUCCUGUCCUGUGCAUUUUAAGUGUGAUUCAGACUUCCACUGAAUCCAGAUUCCGUUCACGGAUUGUAUCUGAGAGCUGCCUGUGGCGUUUACUGAUCGCGUGUGAGAGCUGCGUUUUUGUUUGGGUACACGUGCGGCGCGAACAUGCUGUCGUCAGCGCUCUCAGAGCAGUCCACGUUAGAGGUCCACCGAGUUUUUAAGUCAGUUUUUCCAAGUAGGAUUUUGUGUUUGGUUUUGUAAUUUAUGAAAAAAAUAUACAGUCCUUCCGAACUUGUUUCGAGCACGCUCUCUCACUCACAUACGCGAACGGAUGUGUUAGGGGCCGUUCACAUCGAACGUGUUCACGUACGUCUGCUCUGCUUUUCCAUUGUUUUCCUUUGUAAACACGCACUGGAUGAACGUCCAUACCUGUUGCACCACGUCUCGCUGUUUCUUCAGUGUCUCACGCAGGACCGGCACAUUUUUAGGCACUGUGUCAAGUUAAAAAUAACUUGAGGUCUCAAAAACGCACCUCGAGACACCUGCGAUCUGUUUCAUUCGUUGCGCUGCGUCUAGGUUGUUUUUAGCGCGUGAGUCACAAAGAUUGAACGUUCUGAACAAGUUCAGGGACAAAGAGGUGACUGCUACAGUGUUUAACGUUAUUCCAGAUUGUUCUGCACCAAGCAAAUUUCAGCGCUUGAUGAACGGCAAUGUUUUAACCCCCUUCUGCUCUAGUGUGCUGAGGGGCCUCCGUGCCUUGAAUGUUUACUGUUACAAUACUGCUACUAAUGUUGCCUACGAUGCUUACAUAAAAUACAACCUCUUUUGCAACAUGUUGAACAAUACACUGCAGCCUCCAGGUGAAAGUAGAUAAGACAGAAAUAUAUUACUAUUGCAUACAACAAAUCCUCAAAGAUAUAAAAUCAAUACUGUAUCAUAUUAUAAUGACAAACUCGACAACAAUAAAUAAUUGUUGGUUUAUAAUAAUAAAAUUACAGCUGAAUACCAACAUGUUAGUGAGUGAAGUAGCAGGUUUUGCACAACCAGUUCAUUUAAAAAAAUUAAAAACAAAGUGUUUUGUAGAAAUAUAUGUAUUGCUUCUUUGUCACUUUAUUGUUAAA